AUGCAGUCUGUGGCCAAUCAGGCGCAACGCUUCGCGGCCUUUACCGGUGUCACCAAGCCCAAUCCGAAUGACAAGUUCUUCCUUGUUAUGGGAAUGACAGGCUCAGGGAAAAGCACUUUCAUCGGCCGAUGCACAGGAGACGAUGUCACCGUCGGCCAUGGGUUAUGGUCAUGCACUAGUGAGAUUGACGUUUUUGAUUUUCAAUGUAAUGGCCACAAUGUCUACCUAAUCGAUACUCCCGGAUUCAACGACACAACUCGGUCUGACACCGACACCUUGAGCAUCCUCGCCACCUACCUCGGAGCCUCGCAUGCAAACGGCGUUUGCAUCCACGGCAUAGUGAUGCUCCAUCCAAUAUCUGACAACCGUAUGUCUGGCUCAACUAUGCGCAAUCUCGAAAUGAUGAAGGCGAUGUGCGGAUUCACCUCUUACUCGAAUCUUGCCAUCGCGACCACCAUGUGGUCUCCAGACUCGGUGCUUUGUGCACAGCGUGAAGCGCAGCUCCUGUCCGACGACCGCUUCUUUGGCGAACUCAUCGCCAGUGGAGCGAAAUUGUUCCGUCAUAAUGAAAAGGGGCGGUUGGACUCGUUGGAAGAAGUUGUUUCUGCGCGCCGCAUCGUGACACAUCUUAUCCAUCAAUCUAAAAAGUAUACUCCAAGAGUGCUGCAGAUUCAGCGUGAGAUUAUCGACCAAAAGAAAGCCAUCGGCGAGACGAAGGCGGGGAUUGUGCUCGGUUGGGAUUUGUACAAGGCUCGCCAAGCUCAUGGGCAGGAGUUGCGAAAGCUCAAAGAGGCAAUCCAAGCCGAAAUAGCUCAGCAGAAUGUAGAACACGCGGCCGAGUUGCGGGAGCUUCAAGUUGAUUUGGAAAACCAGUUGAACAAAGCUGAACAAGACAGGCGAGCGCUUCAGAAGUCGAUCCAAGAUUUGCACAAGAAAGAGCAAAGAGCCUGGAAAAAGAGACUCAAGGCACUUGAAAAACAGUUUCUGGAGGACCUCGCCGUUAAAGAACAAAAGGUACUCGAGAUGGAGCAGUCACUCGACGAAAUACGCAAGGACAGAGCUCGAAGUGCCAAACGAUCGAGCCAGGUUAGCCUUCAAUUAGAAAAAUACGAACAAGAGGUGGAAACUGCCCGAACAGAAGUAUCAGAGGCGCGUCAAACUUACCAGAAAGUCAAUGGACAACGACAAAAUCUGUUCAAUGGUGCGACCAAUGGCCUUGCUUCAGGUCUGACAGCUGGGAUCAUGUCUGCAGCUCUCGCCGGUGGGGUCCUUUGCACGGUCAUGUAG